AUGAACUCUCCCUUUCGCCCCUCAUCCACACAUCGUGAAUUGUCUCCCCUAGGUGGCCUUUCUCGUCCCAUUACCUCUUGUCUGCCGUGUCGUAGUCGCAAGGUCAAAUGCGACCGCCGACAACCGCUAUGCUUGGUGUGUGAGCGAGGCGAUUAUGCCUGUUCUUACGUCUCAAAACCUCAGUCACCGGGGCUGGUCUCGGAGUUGAACCGGGUCACUAAAUCCAGUACCCCAAAGAUCUCUUCGUCCACGCUAGCUCGAAUCAAUCCCGGCCUUCAGCGUCUUGGUAACUUCAUAGCACAAGCGAACGCAUAUAAGGCAUCGGAGCAUUGUCCCUCCUCGGAAUCUUUCACACCUACACGAUCGACGCCUACUCCUCUUAAUGCAUCGCCCCCACAGCCGCGAUCGCAAGAGGAUGCACUGAUUCUCGAUAAUGGAGUCCCCCACUUUGUCUCCGGUAAACACUGGGCCUGGAUGGCAGCAGAGCUCCAAGACAUUCAAUCAGUUCUUACAGAAUCUCAGAAUUCCUCUCCCGAACAGGCGCUCGAAGAUAUUAUCUGGGAUGCAGAUUCACCUAUGGCCAACGGGGCUACCUUCUGGCCCGAUACAAGAGAGGAUUGCUACCUACUGCUCAACGUUUUCCUGGCCAAUAUCGACCCAAUUCAUCGAAUUAUCCAUCGGCCGAGUUUAGCCCGUCGCUUUGACGAAUUUAUUCUCACCCAUUACCUUCUCGAGGAUGACCACAGCCCUGGUAAACCGAAUACUAAUAUAGAUACAUUCGAGCCAUUAGUCAUGUCUAUCUUCUACGCAGCCGUCAACAGUAUAAAAGAUACCGAUAUGGCCACCAUGUUUAGCAUGGAUAAGUCCUACCUCUUAAAUCGAUACCGAAUAGGAACGGAAGUGUAUCUAAAACGGCAGAAAUUCAUGACUUCGAGGAGCUUUGAAGUUUUGCAGGCAUUUGUGAUUUUCCUGACCGCACAAUAUCGGGAAGAUGAUAUGGGGAAGGUAUGGCCAUUGACUGGCUUGGCUAUUCGAAUAGCGACAGUCCAUGGACUCCACCGUGACCCUUUAGCUCUACCACUGGGGACGAUCGAUGUUAUACAGGUAGAGCUACGCCGUCGCUUAUGGGCGCAAAUUUGUUACUUGGAUUUCCGCGCGGCGGAAGAUCAUGGGUUUGCGCCUUCGAUCCAUGAGUCGGAUUUUGAUACGUGUCGACCUGUCAGCCUAGAUGAUAUCGAUCUGAUUGAGGGGGUCGCACCAUCCGCUGCACUCUUGGAUAUCCCUAAAUUCACCGAUAUGACUAUCUAUCUUUUACGAACCACUGCAGUCCAGUAUUACGGGCGCAUUAUUCAGGUAGCACUUGCUUCGCGAAAGCGAUUGCGCCCUGUGGGCGAGGCCGAAGUGUUAAUCGAGCUACAAGGCUUAUUGAACACUGCUGAGACUCUCGCGAGUGAGUUUGAGAAGAACCUGGAUGAUCUUGUUCGAUACUGCGAUAAGAGGGUGAGCAUGCAAUCGAUGGCCUUGGAUUUGAGAGACCACUUGAAAACCAAAUUCUGGGUUAUGUUCUGGAUUCAAAUCUCUCGACAAGAUCGCGAAAAGAUCAUCAACCCCGCUAUGAGAAGAAACAUAUUCGUGGAUGCCGCCACAGCCGUAGAGAACUGGUGUACUAUUGCCUCUAGCAAGGCUUGCGAACCCUUCCAAUGGCAUAUAUUUUCCCACGCUGGCUUUUACCUGAUCCUCUACGUACUGUCCGAGCUCCGCAGUUCUGGCUUCCAAUCCCCGGAGUGGGCCGAUCUCCGCCAGCGAGGCCUCCAAUUAGCGAACGCUAUCUACGAGAUUCGGGGUCAGCAUACCACAGGUGCAUGGCCCGCAAUCAUUUGGUUGGUGAAUCGGAUUCGGUUCCAGCAAGGUCUUAGUUCUGAUAUCGCCAACAAUCAGUAUACUGGGACCGGUCAAUCUGAAAAUGAUCAUCUCACAAUGAUUGAAUCUUUUGCUGGCCCUCUGGGCCCAGCAGGGACGGGCUUUGGUACGGCGGACUUUAUGGGAUUGGUGAAUGUGGAAGACUUUGAUUUCGCGGACUUCUCCAGUUUGGAUCCGAUGGGCUUUCAUGGGUUGUCACAGUGA